UGUGCGGCAUCGUUACGGCCGUCAUAUGUAUGCGAAGCGGCAGAGAUGGCGGGAAAAGUCCGUGCGCCCUGUAAACCUGUAAAACUUUCGUUCCGUCUUGUCGUAAGUCGGAAUAGGAAGACGACGCGACGGAGGCCCACCUAAUCUCAACAUAACGACACGGUGUAUCGAACGAUGCGCACUGCCACAACAUCUUCUGGGAGUUGUGCUUCCAGGCCGCGUGGUCCAUCGGCAGCAUCAUCAGUCGGGAUCUCCAGCGAGUGAAGAACUGUUGGUUUCGCCGCCAACAGAAGAACCAUUUCGUUUUGCGGUAAAUGUGACACGGAGGCGGUAUUUUCCGGUGCGUGUAUGCUCAACGAGACAAAGUUGAAACAAAACGAAACGGGGUUGUUUUUGUGGCUGCCGAGUGUGGUGUUAUUUCACGUGGUUUUAGUGGUUUAGACGUUAUGAUUGAAACUAUGAACCAACUUUGAGCGAUGUGAUUCGUAGUAAGAUGAUUAGUGCCGUAUUCUACUCCAGUUAUUCGAGCGGAAUGAUAAAAGAAGAUGUGAGUGUUUUUUAAAUUCUCCGGAAGAAAGAUUCAAUUAUCGAGCAAUCAAUUUCGCUUCGUGGAAAAUCCGAGACGCCACCUUUAAUUGACAAACGAUUGUGCGAGGAACGAGAUAAUUAUGACUAAAUUGCUCACCCUUCGAGGGAGCAAUGAUUUGGUUGUGAAGAUGCUGCUGCUGCUCAUUUUGGUGGGAUCCUCGUCGUUCGGCAAACUGGGCGGUCAGGGAGUAUCCUGCUACACGGUGAAAACAGGACACGUGCAGCAGCAUAACACGCUGGAGAAUGGAUUGCUGAUUGCGGCGAAUAUUUCGAUAGGUCAUCUGCGAAAACACAAAUAUUUUUAUUACCUGCCGAGAAGCAAUAACGCUCCCCACAACCGCAAGCAACGCAAUUCAUCCUUCUACUCGAAGAUUGACGAUAACGAUGCGAGUAACUCACGAGUAAAUCGACCUCCAGCCAUAGAACUUCGUCGGCUCCGUCAUGUUUCAGUAUCAAGUAUUGCAUCAGCCCAAUCUGAUUUGCUCGAUAUGAACAAAGAGCGCAGCCUAAGGUCGUCAUCAUCGAUGUCGUUGGUGGCACCGGCUGGAGUACACGAAGAAGAGAAGCACCAACCCCAUCGCAGCAUCCAACGUUACUACAUUUAUAGCACUGCACCCCGGAAACGCAGCCCUGACGGAGAGGAAGUUAGGGACAAUUUCAUCGCGGAUAAAUAUAAGCUUUUUCGAGUAGAAUCUCAUAUUAACAGACCACCGAUUGGGUCGUUGAAUGCUUCGAGACACUCCGAGUAUAACGAUUACAAAACCGUGAGAAAACGAAGUGCGGCUGACGAUAUGUUGAGCAAGAAUAUCACCCAGAUAUUGGAGAAUCUGCUGAAGAGCUACGAGAACUCGCAAAUGCCUACGCACGGACAGGAUGUGCCAACAAUAGUGAAAACCAACAUUUUAAUACGCAGUAUGGGACCGGUAUCGGAACUGGAUAUGGACUAUUCAAUGGACUGCUACUUCCGCCAGUAUUGGCGCGAUAAGCGCCUCAGCUUCCACGGUCCCAUCAAGAGCCUUUCGCUCAGCAUCAAAAUGCUGGAAAGAAUCUGGCGUCCAGACACCUACUUCUACAACGGGAAACAUUCCCAUGUGCACACAAUCACUGUUCCAAACAAGCUGCUCCGGCUGAGUCAGGAUGGCGAAAUACUGUACUCCAUGCGCCUCACCAUUAAAGCAUCGUGCCUCAUGCAGCUGCGGAGCUUUCCGAUGGACCGCCAAUCGUGCCCGCUCGUGUUGGGAAGCUAUGCGUACUCCAGACAGCAGCUGCUCUACCAGUGGAAGGACGAUGACUCGGUCAAUUUCGUGCCCGGAAUGACCCUCAGUCAGUUCGAUCUGAUCAGUUUUCAUCAGAAGAAUUACACGUUUGCUCGCCGAGAGGGUGAAUUCUCGGUAUUGCAUGUUUCCUUCAACCUACAGCGUCAUACGGGCUACUUUUUGAUCCAGGUGUACGUCCCGUGCAUCCUGAUUGUCGUCCUAUCGUGGGUAUCGUUUUGGAUUCAUCGAGAGGCUACCAGUGAUCGGGUUGGAUUGGGUAUAACAACCGUGCUGACUUUGUCAACGAUAAGCCUUGACUCAAGGACAGAUUUGCCGAAAGUUCGCUACGCCACAGCCCUGGAUUGGUUCCUGCUGAUGAGUUUCUUCUACUGUAUUGCAACCCUGCUGGAAUUCGCCGGGGUGCACUAUUUUACCAAGGUCGGAAGCGGCGAGAUCCCACUGGACGAAGACGAAUGGGAAGACAUUGACAAUGUGCAGGAGAUUGGUGGAGGUGGUGUUCGAUCGAACCCAGCAUCCAUUCACGAUUCACCCCAGCGAUUGAUGGCAGCGCGCAGACGCAGCUCGCUUAUCUGUCCCAUCUACAACGAUCCGCAGCAUAUGUUUAAGGCAACGACUUCGCAUCUGUCUACGAUGGAAAGGACUACUCAGACCGAACCCCCGAAAGAGCCAGGCUGGAAGCAGUUGUGGCUCUGCUUUCUAGGAGAUGAUCAGUUUCGUCGCCGGAGACAACGGGAAGCUUCUGGAAGAGGUGGAGCCAGCCGCCACGUUAACAGUGUGUCCCUGAUUGAUCAAGCCGCUAGAGUGAUGUUUCCAGCUUCCUUCACAUUUUUCAAUGUACUCUAUUGGUUAUGCUAUUACACCUAUCAGGCUGAUUUCACGUGGGCUCCCUUGAAGGAACAAAGUUAAGAUCGUUUACCCCUAAAAAUUUCGAAUUGAGAAUUGAAUAUCAAAAUACAAUAUACGAAAAAGUACUAUAGACAGAUAAUACUAAAAUUAUAGACAAAUUCGCUUAAGAACGAGGUUUCAAACAAGUAGGUAUGUGUAGUUAAAACCCUAGCAAAGAAACUUAGCCCACCCCAAUUAAAAUGAAAUUAUGAAAAUACCGACGGUUGUUGAUAAUUAAAGUUAUUAUGUAACAAUUUACCCCGAGUUUUUGAACUAAGAUGACCCUUCUGCCAAACAGUGCUUUCUUUUUUCGUUCUGCCAAGC